AAAAGAUUUUCGAAUUCUUUUUAUUUUAACAUUUUUCUCUGUGAAUUUGUACAGUGAAGCUAAGCAUAGGCUAAAAAAUAAAGACUUUGGACCUAACAUUGUUGGUGGGAAACCCGUGUGUGCUGCAAAAUAUCCACAUUCAGUACUGUUCUUUAAUGCAGGCAGUUUGUGUGGUGGAGCCAUUUUAAAUAGUUGGGCAGUUAUAACAUCAGCUCAUUGCAUAGAUUAUAAUACUGAUAUUAAUGAAAUGAUAGUACAAGUUGGAUCGAGACAUAUUUUGGACGUUAAUGCAAAAAAAUAUAGAUUACAGUGGUUCCUUGUUCAUGAAAACUACAACAAGAGGAUUCCUUUCGAGAAUGACAUUGCUAUUUUAUUUGUUGAGCACCCAAUACAGUUCAGCAAAGUGGUUAAGAAAGCGAUAUUAGUAAACCACAACCGAUGGAUGAGCGCCAGCCAGACGAAGUUCUCUGUCACAGGCUGGGGCUGGCAAAAGUACGGCGGACCAAUGUCAAAAAAGAAUCUUAUGAUGGCCAAAUUAAAAUACGUUCCGCUUGAAGAGUGUAGUCGACUGCAUAAGAUGGAACUCUCUCCAGACAUGUUCUGUCUUUAUGGAGAUGGACAAAGGGAUACUUGUCGGGGAGAUUCUGGUGGAGGAGUAAUAUGGCGUAGGCAAUUGGUAGGUUUAACGUCUCAUGGUGAUGGCUGUGGUAAGGAAAACAAACCAAGCAUGUACACGAACCUGUGGUACCAUAGAGACUGGAUCAAGAUGGAGUUGGCUAAGUUCGUAAUAUUUUACUGCCAACGACUGCAGAACAAAAGAAUAUCGCAGAACUUAACAAACAAAAGAUGUAAUCUAAAGUCAGCGUAAGAUUACGUUCUUCUGUUUGGGAAAUAAAAU